UUUUCCAGUUUUCUUAUCAGAUGCUGUGGGAUGAUGGUGUUAAGCUGAACUGAAGUCCAUGUGGGUGUUCUUUUCCUCCAGGUGUGCCAGGCUCAGAUGAAGAGCAGAGGAUAUUAUGUUUUCAAUGGAGCAGUUUCAUUGGAAGGCAAACUGGAACAGGUCGAAUGUUGGGGGGAGACUGGAGACGAUGUGUUCUUUAACCAGCCUUUCGAAGCACUUCAUCAUAAUAUGCAUGUUAGCUACAAACGGUGCUGCAAAUGGGUUUUGGUCCUUGGUCUGCUGCUAGGUACCCUGUUUCAUUUUUGGGGCCCUUCAAGCAACUUAGAAGAGGACCUCCGACCGAGACGAGGCAGUGCAAUCCAAGCACUUCUCAGUGGGAAAAUUUACCAUAUUAUGAGUGAUUAUUCUGAAAUCCCUUAUAAGGUCAAAGAGAAUGUGGCACGUGAGUUGGCUCAGAAUACAUGCAUAUGCCUGGCUGGAGAGGAAACCUUUCACCUACCAUUCUCUGAUCUGCUCUUUCCUCGUGUUUGGGCUCACAACCUCCAGCAUGCAUUCUUAGAAACACGACCUGAUCCUGACAACGUAAAGAAUCACAGAGCAGAGGAGUACCACCACUUUCAGAAAAGGUCCUACUCUCCAGUGGAUAUGCUCAUCAUCGCUGAGGCGAACAAUCCUCUUCAGUAUCCCACCCAAGGUUUGGAGGUGCAACCCCUCAAAACAGUUAUCAUCCCAGGUCUUGGUCUUAGACAAGAAGACAGAGGCAACUAUAUGGUAAAUUUGACAGCAACACUUGGGGUGUUUGACAUUGCUGCCACAGUGGAUGGGGUUUCUGUGAAAGGAGUGGGUGAAAAGCACAUCUCACUGUCAAGCCUGGUUCAGGCUGCCCUGAAUAGGCAACUCCAGUUUGUCACAUACACCAACACAGUGUUUCAUCCAAAGACAGCAGACUCAAUUCAGUUUGAAACUGAAGGGCACCAGUCCUUUUUCACCAUCAAAGUUGGACAUAGAGUUGUUCCAAAACUUUACAAUUCUGGACAAAGUGAAGGGUACAACAUCACCUCUCUGGUUACCAUUGCUACCAAGACCUUUUUGCGCUAUGACAAACUCAAAGAUCUCAUUGACAGCAUAAGGCAGUUUUACCCCACCGUCACCAUAGUUAUUGCAGAUGAUAAUGAACAUCCCCAGCCAGUAACCGGUCCUCAUAUUGAGCAAUACAUCAUGCCAUUUGGAAAGGGCUGGUUUGCAGGAAGAAACCUAGCAGUCUCUCAAGUUUCCACAAAGUAUGUGCUUUGGGUGGAUGAUGAUUUCAUCUUUACUGCAAAUACCCAGUUGGAAAAAAUGGUUGACAUCUUGGAGAAAACUACUCUUGAUCUGGUUGGUGGUGCAGUGAGAGAAGUAACUGGAUACACUGCCACCUACCGUCACAAGAUUAGUGUGGAAGAAGGGGGAGAGGAUGGUAACUGCUUGCAUAUCAGGAAUGGAUACCACCAUGUAAUCAAGGGAUAUCCCAACUGUGUAGUAGCAGAUGCCGUCAUCAACUUCUUUAUGGCUCAAACGGACAAAAUACGUCAAGUUGGCUUUGACCCCCGCCUGUCAAGAAGUGCACAUCUAGAGUUUUUUAUAGAUGCUCUGGGCAUUCUGCACAUUGGCUCCUGCAGUGAUGUCAUCGUUAACCAUGCAUCAAAGAUCAAGCUGCCGUGGACUAAGACAGAGGCACAGAAGACCUAUGAGAAAUUCAGAUACUCCUCUAACAGUGCAAAUAAUGACCUUCAUAAUGAAGUAUUCUAUUUUAAGAACAGGUUCAAGUGUAUGACUAGCCAAUAAAAAGUGAGCUUCCACUGGUCUUAUAAACUCCUUUUUUUUCAGACUUGGAGUUUUUUUUUUUAUCAGUUUAUGAGUUAGGUUUUUUUUUUUUUUACCACAUGCUGUUAAUUUAUAAUAAAGCAGUUGUGUUUAUGUUUUUCAAUUAAAGCACUGAAUAUUUUUAUUUCAUAAAUAAAAUGCCUUUGUAUUUUAUUUGUUUCUCUAAAGUGCAAUUUGCUGUCUGUGCUCUGCGUGUGUAAUUUGAAUUUCACAUCAUCUUUAAGUUUUAGUGUGUCCUUUUUUAAAUCUGUAUUGUGUGCGAAUGUGCAUGCGUAUCAAGUCCAGGACCAAAGUUGUAUCACACUAGAAAUUAUUUUGAAAAAUUCCAUAAUUUUACCAAAUAGACUACAAAAAAGAAAGAAAUCCUUCACCAACUAAGCUCCUCCAUCUGCUGUCUCAAUAUUUUACCCAUGGCUUCCCUGAAGAAAGCUUUACCUGUCAUAUAUCUGAUUGAACUUAAAUGAUCAAUUUGUCUAUUUUGUGAGGUAUUUUCCCCCAGGCCCUAAAACGGUUACUAUAAAACCAAAAAGGGCUGACUUGGACACAGGGCGUACGCAGGGCCAAAAAAAACUGAGGUCCGGAGGCAGAUCUUCUAGGUGGGUUCGGUGGUGUGCUCCCCUAGAAAUGUUUCUAAUUUAUUUAAAUCUGGCCAUUUUCUGAGUCUUAAGGAGCAUAAACAUAAUUCUUUUGAAAGACUUUUGAAAAGGCUCAGCUGUGAAUUUCUCCUCUCCUGUCUUCCCUGCCAGACAUUUCCGACAUUAUAAACUUGAUUUUAUUAUCAUCUUUCUUUUAAAGCCUCUGACCACGGUGGCUCUUGAACUAAGGCCAAGUCAUCUUUUUUCUGCACACAACCUUGCUGGGUUGAGCUCCGGGAUCCAGCAGAAAUAUAAUACAAAUUCAACAUCCAACACUGAGAAAACAAACGCCUAAUAAAGGUAUCAUUUUCAGCCAAAGAGGUUGCUCACAUAUCAAUCGCUUAAUGAAUGUUGAUUCAGUCGGUGGAAAAUGGUUAAACUUUUGGUUUGAUGUUUUAUUGCUGUCUAAGUUGCAUGCUGGGCAUAAAUCUUCAUGAAAAUGUUUUUUUCUGAUUGUCAACAACUUGAACUGCUCUCCACCUGCAUUAGUAGCUCUUUAUGCUCCUCUUCCAUGGACUGAAGGACUCAUGGGUCGGUAGCUUGUGUUUGGCAAUUACUAGAUGGACAGUGCAUGUUGACAAUGACUUAAGAUGAUUAAACCUUUGGCUCUUCAAAUAUAAAACACCUUGCAGUUUAGUGAGAGACCAAGUUCAUUAUCCCACAGUCAGUUUCACUGUAAUUAUUUUAGUUUAUAUCACAAUUCGAGCAAUAUAUAAAUGAAUAAAUGGUAGUUACAGCCCUGCUUGGACAGGCUGCCAACCUCCCUUCAUGAGUUAAAUUAUUCAACAUUUUCCAGUCAUACUUCUCUGCUCAGUACAGAGACUGUCCUUAUCAAGGUGUUCAGUGAUAUCUGUGUAAAUGUAGACUGUGGAAGAAGCAGAUUACUGGUGUUAUGGGACCUUAGUGCACCAUUAAACACUGCUGAUUGUUCCAUUUUAUUAAAGUGCCUGGAAAACUUGGUCUGCCUUUCUGGACUCACUGGACUGUUUUUUAUUCUACUGAAGAACCAGGACUUGUUUGUGUCAGGGUGUAAUCUCACCUCACAAAGUCACAUGCCAAGAGAGCUGGCAAGAAAGGACAAAAGCAAAGUUUGAACUCUGUAAUUAUGGGCUGACGUAUACAAUAAAUGACCCAGAGCAAUCAACAAUUUUGGACAUUGAACCUUCCUUUGCCUGCGUACAGAAACUUGACCGCAAUGUCUUAGUAAUAGCUUAAUGGAACUUUGGUUGGAUGUGUAACUUGGCAAACAACCACAGGCCAUAUAAAUAGGCCCUGCCUUCCCUUACCGGAAAAGGUUGGUUAUGGUGCUUUUUUUCUCCUGAGAAACCAGAUAUCCUAUGAAUUGUGGUUGUUCAACAGGUUUGUCAAGAUCAGGGGUCCCCUCAGAGCAUGCAUGCUCUGAGGGGACCUCAAAGUUUCUCGAACAUUGAGAGAUAGGGAUAUUUGGUGGAACAAGCAGUUGUCCACUAAACCAGAAGAUGGCAGCAGUGGCUAUCGAAAGCCCCAGCAUUGGACAGAAAUAGUCCAGAGGUAUUUUACUAAAACAAAAAUACAAGACAACGGAACGUUGUUGGUUUGUUAGCAGGAUCAAUUAUAAAAUUAUGAAAAGAUUUUUUAGAAAAUUUUUGCCAGAGGUGUGCCUCAUACCAAGGAACAAUUCAAUUAAAUGUACUGAUCCAGAUUAUAUGCAAGUUUUGGCUAUUAAGUCACAAUUUGGGGUAAUAUUUGCUGUUUUUUUUUAAUUCCAGAGUCAAUCAAGGAGUUUUGUGAAACUUUACAUUGUUAUUUGAACAGUAGAUUGAUCUCUGACCCUUCUUUCUUUUGACCAAAUGACAAACAAUGAAACCUGUGUCAUCUGGAUAUUGACAUGCCAGCUGCAAAUAUUGACCAAUAGAAUAAAAAUUGUAUUUAUAAUUGCUGAGUUUCAUAAUAUAAUAUGAUGUAGCCUAAAAAAAAUGUACAAUUGCUUAUAAGAAAAUAACAAAUGUAUUAAUUUAGUAAAGUCCAGAGGCUAGGCUCUGAUUGAUAUUACUGAAAAAGGAUUUAAUCUGUCAGUUCUGCAGAAAACUGCACCACUCUUGUGUAAAGGCCACAGUGACUGCAGACUUUCUCCAGCACUUUGAAGGCUCAUGCAUGGUUCAUUCCCAGAAGGUAGAGGGUCAGUAUCACACUGAGUGCACAACUUGGUCAACUGUCUCCACCAGAUGAUUGUGUCCAAGCCACUUAGGCCACAGGUUGUAACCAUCAUCUCAUCCCCUGUGUAAUAAGGAGCAUUAUAGCAGGUCAUUCAUCCCUGCUGCCGUCAGACUUUACAAUAUCACUGUGAAAUAAUUUUGGAUAUAAACUACAGUGCAAUAGAAUACAAUGAGAGUACAAUGAGAGCAAUGUCUUUACCUGUUAAUUUACCAAACCUGCAGCUGCUCUGUUUACACUUUGCACUUAAACAGAUCAUCCCUCAAUUUAUUUAUUUGUUUUAACCUCACUGUACUGUACACCUACUUUUUUGAUGUCCCUGUUCCUUAUUUUACAGCGCAUGUAAAAGUCCUAUAUUUUCUUUCUUAAACCUUUCUUGUUUUUUCAUCCUUGCCUUGGUACUAUGUGAAAUGUUUGUUUUACAUCAUUUUAUGUCAGAUGUUUGGGUUUUAAAGCUGUUCUAUGUUGUAAGAGCUGUUUCUAUUUUUUUUUUCUGUUUUUAAAAUGUACAGCACUUUGAUACUGUGUUAGUUUAAGGUUUUUGUUGGUUUUAUAAAGUUGGAUUAUAAUAGGUGAGCUUGAGCAAACUUGUUAAGCAGGUACACAGACUGUUCAUCUUUGGCAGUUUUAGCAAACACAUCAUUUUGUUUUAAGAAAAGAGAAAUACUUCCUUCAUCAAUGGAAUAAAAUGUCUACCUGUUCCUUUACCAGUUGGAGUGAAUGACAUUUUUUGCAAGAUGAAACAAGUAAAUAGGUGACUACUGUGAACUUAUGAAAUAUCUAGGUUUUAUUUGAGAAUGUUUAUUCAACAGGAAACAUCACUAACUACCUCAGUCAGUUUUGAGCCAAAUGUAACUAUAGUUAUUAAAUUAACAUAAUCUUAUAAUAAUGAGUGAUAACUGUAGCCAAUGAAAAAUUAGAUAUGAUCAUGUCUUGUUAAAUUAAAACGAUGCAUGCAGCUUCAUUGUAAAAUGUAAUUGUAAUGUUUCACCACCAGAGGGAAACAAAAGAUCAGGAAAUAUGCCUUAAAAUGAUUAGACAUAUUAUUUGUAGCUAUCUGAUGAAAGAAUAUGUCUAAAAUUAACUCUUAUGCUCAUUAUUUUCCCUGUUUUUUUCCCUUUUACAAUUUUUCAACUCUUAUUUUGUCUCUUUGUAUUUUUUUUUUAAAUGUGUGCUUAAGGAUAUAUUGCCUGUAUUUCCAUUGUUCAUUUCCAAAUUGUGUGUAUUCCACUAGUUAUAUUAAGGCCAUGCUUAUUAAAAUUAUCCUUUAGCUGCAU